AUGUUGACAACUUGUUGUCCAUCAUUCUGUUGUUUUUCUAGAGAAAGUACCCACUAUCAAUCCAUCAAUAAUAACACAACAACCGAUAGUAAUAGCACAACAACAACAGAUAAUAGUAUUAACAUGAUGAUUUAUUCUAAAAUAUUACAAUUGAGUCAAGAUAUAUUUUGCAAUGUUAUUGUUCCCUAUUUUAAUUCACAUACUUUGAUUGCUUUUGCUGGAGUUUGUUCCGAGUGGAGAAGAAUUGUCAAAGAAUGUGAUACUAGAGGAAUCAAGUGUGUAAAUGUGAAGCAUAAAUCAGCAAGGUACAGAUUUGAAUCAUUAAAUGAUGAGGAGGAAAUGAGUGGAUUAAUGAAAGGUGAUCUCUUGCAAAUAUUCUCACAAAUGGAAAUAAGAACUUUUCCAGAAUUUGAGGAAACUAUUUUUCUUAACAGAUCUUUUUUUAAAAGGUUAUUCAAUUCAAAAAAAUUGGAAUUAUUGACAUUACAAAAUACUAAUAUUAUUACAAUUGUUAUUCCUGCUAAAGAUAUUUCACCAAUUACAACUCUAAAAUUAAUAAGUGUUCAAAUGGAAGUUGAAAAUUUAAGAACUAUAUGUACUAAUUUACUAAAUUUAACAGAUCUAACAUUGAUUGAUAAUGGGCUUGAUUAUAAGGCAACACUUGUAUUGACCAAAUCAAAGUUGACUCGUCUAACACAUCUUACACUUCGUAAUAGAAUUGGAGAUGAAGGUGUUAAUCAAUUAUUGACUCAACCAGGAAAUAUUAGAACUUUGAAACAUAUUAACUUUGUUGCAAGACCUCCAGAAUCAUCUCAAAAAGACAAUAUUUCAUACAUAGCACCAAUUAAUAGUUCAAUGUUACCAAAUCUUGAAUCUUUUUCAAUAGAUUUGGAGAUGUCUACAAAAUCAAUUAUGAAUGUGUUGAAUAGUGGUAAUUCAUGGAGAGAAUUGACUUUUCUUCACUCACAUUUAAAUAGUGAAUGUAUGAAACAAAUUGGAAAAAUUCAUACACUCCAAAAACUUUGUUUUCAAUCAAAAUUGGAAGUAGAUUUACCUUACAGAUGUUUAUUACCUCUUCAAAAUAAUCUCACUCAUCUAGAAAUUGGUCCUGUUGACAAUAAUACAUUCUCUGAAUUGAGUGAGGGUAACUUUCUUAAUUUGAAAUAUUUAUGCAUUCUAAAUACAAAACAAGGAAAUGAAAUAGAUGAAUAUGUAAUACGAAAAUUCUGUGAAAAAGUUCAAAAUCUAACCUAUUUAGAGUUAAGAAGAGUAGUAAUGAAAAGUGGAUGUAUGAAUCACAUAUCCCAACUUUCAAAAAUAACUGAUUUACGAAUUAUUCAAACACACAUUGAUAGUGAAGAAAUGAAAUAUUUAUCAAGAAUGAGUAACUUGACAACAUUAUAUUUAGGAAGUGAAAUUACAUUUGAUGGAAUUUCAUAUUUAUGCAAGGGAAAUUUACUAAAUUUACAAACUUUAAAGUUUACAAGAGUUCCUUCAGGCAAGUUCAAAUACGACUCAAAGUUUACAUCAAGUUUAGCUCAUUCAAAUUUUCCAAAAUUAAGAUAUUUGAGUUUUUAUUAUGAAUUUGAUAUUUAUGCAACUGAUAUGUUACAUUCUGGACCAUCUCUGAAAAAUUUGAUACAUUUAGAACUUUAUUGGGUAGAUUUAACAAUUACACCUAUUUUAGUACCUAUAGUCAAUAAUCUGGCACCUAAAUAUCUGACUGGAAUUGGAGGUUUUCCAAAGCUUAAAGCUUUCUCACCAGAAGCUAUACCACAAUUAAAACAACCAACAAAAAUCAAUUAUAUGACUGGACAUACAGAUAUACGAAUUGAUGAAUUUAUUUAA